AUGAAUGGGGUGCCAUUUGAGUUCGAUGAGAAGUGUCUUGAAGCUUUCAGGAUACUAAAGCAGAAAUUGGUGUCAGCACCUAUAGUAAUUUCACCGGAUUGGGACCUGCCAUUUGAAUUAAUGUGCGAUGCAAGUGAUUUUGCAGUAGGUGCAGUUCUGGGGCAGUGUGUUGACAAAGUAUUUCGGACUAUUUAUUAUGCCAGCAGAACACUAAAUGGUGCUCAGUUGAAUUAUGCCACCACUGAGAAAGAACUUCUCGCCAUUGUGUAUGCAUUCGAUAAAUUCAGGCCUUAUUUGAUGGGGAACAAAGUUAUUGUGUAUACGGAUCACUCAGCAAUCAGACAUCUUAUUGCUAAGAAAGAUGCUAAACCCAGACUUAUUCGUUGGGUACUUCUUCUACAAGAGUUCGAUAUGGAGGUUCGGGAUAAAAAGGGUACAGAGAAUUUGGUAGCGGAUCAUUUAUCAAGACUAGAGUUGGGGGAUGAAUCUGAACUUGCUGCUGGGGAAAUUAAUGAGAGUUUCCCAGAUGAACAAUUAUUUACAGUGGAAGAUGAGUUGGUGCCAUGGUUUGCCGACUAUGUGAACUAUCUGGCAGCCAAUGUUGUGCCACCAGAAUUUACAGGACAAAGAUUGAAAAAGUUUUAUCAUGAUGUGAAACAUUACUACUGGGAUGAUCCUUUUCUAUUCAAACAGUGUCCGGAUUUUAUAUCAGAAGAUGCGUCCCAGAAAGAGAAACGAAGGACAUUUUGUUUCAUUGCCAUGCAUCACCUACCGGCGGUCAUUUUGGGGGAACAAGGACUGCUGCAAAGGUCCUGGAAUGUGGAUUCUAUUGGCUUACUCUGUAUAAAGACAGCUAUGACUUUUAAGUGGGUUGAAGCAGUAGCUACUGCAACUAAUGAUGCUCAGGUGGUAGUUAAGUUUCUGAAGAAGAACAUAUUCUCUCGUUUUGGCACACCUCGAGCGAUUAUAAGUGAUGAAGGGACUCAGUUUGCCAAUAAGAUCUUUAAUUCUUUACUGGAGAAGUAUGGUAUUAAACAAAAGAUGGCAUUCACAUAUCAUCCGCAGUCAAAUGAGCAAGCGGAAGUGUCAAAUUGUGAGAUUAAGUUGAUUCUAGAGAAGACGGUGCAAGCUAAUAGAAAGGAUUGGUCGAUCAAGCUCGAUGAUGCAUUAUGGGCUUAUCGUACAGCUUUUAAAACGCCAAUAGGUACGUCUCCCUAUUGUCUUGUAUAUGGUAAAGCUUGUCAUUUGCCAUUUGAACUGGAGUAUAGGGCAUAG